AUGGAAGUUGACGUAAAUGGAGAGUCCAGAACUACCCUCUCCACGCUCCCCGUGCCUCUUGCAGAGGUGAGUGCUGCGGGCAGGAUGGAAGCAGAGAAACCUCGCAGUUCCAGUACCCCCUGCUCACCAAUGCGACGGACGGUUGCAGGAUACCAGAUCCUUCACAUGGAUUCUAACUACCUGGUUGGCUUCACGACUGGAGAGGAGUUGCUGAAACUAGCCCAGAAGUGUACAGGAAGCGAAGAGAAUAAGGGGGAUUCUGGGACAAAUUUGCACUCCAAACAGCUUGAUUCAGGACUUGCACGCUCCUCCCGUUUGUACAAAACUAGAAGUAGGUACUAUCAGCCAUAUGAGAUUCCCGCAGUAAAUGGAAGGAGGAGGAGGCGGAUGCCCAGCUCAGGGGAUAAAUGCACUAAGGCUUUAUCGUAUGAACCUUACAAGGCACUUCAUGGUCCCCUGCCUCUUUGCCUUUUUAAAGGCAAAACAGCUCAUUCGAAAUCGCUGGACUACCUCAAUUUAGACAAAAUGAGCAUUAAGGAACCUGCUGACACAGAAGUGCUACAAUACCAGCUCCAACACCUUACCCUUAGAGGGGACCGUAUGUUUGCAAGAAAUAACACAUGA